AUGGCGGAGGCUGGCGGUGACGAUGGCCGCUGCGUCUGGCUCAGUGCCGAUAGGGCGCAGGCACUGCUGGCCCAUGUGGACACGCUGCUCUUCGACUGCGACGGCGUGCUGUGGCGAGGGGAGACCGCCGUGCCCGGCGCGCCCGAGGCUUUGACCGCGCUGCGGGCCCGGGGCAAGCGGCUGGGCUUCGUGACCAACAACAGUAGCAAAACCCGCGAGGCCUACGCCGAGAAGCUGAAGUGCCUGGACUUUGGCGGUCCCGCGGGGCCCGGCGCCGGUCUCGAGGUGUUUGGCACGGCCUACUGCGCCGCCCUCUACCUCCGGCAGCACCUGGAGGGCGGCGGGGUCCCGGCCAAGGCCUAUGUGCUGGGCAGUCCGGCCCUGGCCGCCGAGCUGGAGGCCGUGGGCAUCUCGAGCGUGGGCGUAGGGCCCGAGCCCUUGCAGGGCGCCGGUCCCGGGGACUGGCUAGCAGAGCCCUUGGAGCCUGGCGUGGGCGCAGUGAUGGUGGGCUUCGACCCCCACUUCAGCUACGCGAAGCUGACCAAGGCAGUACGCUACCUCCAACAACCGGGCUGCCUCCUCGUGGGCACCAACAUGGACAACCGACUCCCGUUGGAGGGUGGAAGCUACAUUGCUGGUACUGGCUGUCUGGUCCAAGCGGUGGAGAUGGCUGCCCAGCGGCAGGCAGAGAUCAUAGGUAAGCCCAGCAGAUUCAUCUUCGAUUGUGUGGCCAAGGAGUUCGGCCUCAACCCAGACCGCACCGUCAUGGUGGGAGACCGUCUAGACACAGACAUCCUCCUGGGGGUUACCUGUGGCCUCAAGACCAUCUUGACUCUUACCGGGGUCUCCAGUCUGGAGGAUGUGAAAGGCAACCAGCAAAGUGACUGUUCUAGGAACAAAAUGGUUCCUGAUUUCUAUGUCGACAGCAUAGCCGACCUUAUACCAGCUCUUGAAGAUUAGAGAGUUACAGUGUCUUUAAUCUCCAAAAUAAAAAAUAAAAAAUCA